UAGAAGAGGAAAAAGCAUCAGCACAGAUACACUUUACAUAUUCCGGGAGCAACAUUUCUGAAAACUUUACUGGAAAGGGAGAAAAAGGAGGCAUUUUAUAGGAUUUACAAAGGGGGAAGCUGUACGAUCAUGGAACUUAAAGUCUUCCUCAAUGCAGUUCUGACUAGACUUCUAUUCAUGCUUCACUCUGUAGUUGGAGUUUGGAGAGUCACUGUAUUAAAAAAUGACAACAUGUACUGGCUGCUGGCUCUUGUCAACCUUUUACUGUGCAUUGAGAUGGUGCUGACAUUGAAACUUAAGAAAGGAAGAGGGCUGAAGUGGGUCUCUCCUCCAAUAUUCUGCUACUUAUUAUGCAUAGUGCCAUCUCUCUGGCUUCUGGAAAUAAAUCCAGAUUUUCAGGCUUGUGAUAAUAAAACCACUGCUGUGGGUAUUGCAUUAAAUGGCAACCAUACUGAUAUUAUACAAGCGGGCAUUCAAAUUGUUCAAUCAUUAAAUGAAAUUUGCCAGUCGGCAUGGACACUAGGACUGCACCAGACAUUUCUUCUGCUCCUUAUCAUUGGAAAAUGGCUUCUUCCAAUUGGAGAUGGAGUAACACGUGAUCAGCUUUCUCAGCUUCUCCUUAUGUUUGUUGGAACUGCAGCAGACAUUUUAGAAUUUACUAGCGAGACUUUGGAAGAAGCCACCAUAAGAAGUAAUAUUACAUUGGUCUAUUCUAUUCUUGGCGUAUGGACGUGGAGUAUGUUGCAGUUUCCACUUGACCUGGCUGUGCAAAAUAUUGGAUGCCAGCAAGGAUCGUCAACCAAAAGGAACAUGUGCCUACUGUUCUGUAGGUACAGUGCAGACCUUUGGAACAUUGGAAUUAGUUUACUUAUUCAGGAUGGUCCAUUUCUCAUAAGUCGUAUUAUUCUUAUGGCUUGCUUCAAAAUUACUAACCAAAUGUUGGUAUUUUUUGCUGCAAAGAACUGCCUGAUUGUGUUACUACAGCUAUAUCGACUUGUGGUAAUACUAGUAGACUUUCAUGCUUCAAUGGACAACCGGGAAAUGAAAGGGAAGAUGGUAGAAGGAUGCUGUCCAUGUGAGUCUACUGAUGAUCCAGAAGUACCAGCCACAAGUCUUGUUUCUGAAACAAAAAGUUUGGAAAUUAGUGCAGCUAUUACACUUGAUGAAUCUCUAUCAGAAGGUCUUUGAAAGCUUUGCUAUAAAUGAAUAAGUUCUGUUGUAUACUUUUUAAGCUCCUUCAAGGUUCUCGUGAUGUCAGUGGAAAUAUGGAACGUGUUUGUACAUUCCCAAGUACUCUCUCCAAGUGACAUUUAAUGGUGCACUGAAGUACGGGGAGAGAAGGUUAAUGGUAAACACAAGUCAAACCAAACCAUCUUACAAUUUUAUUAAUAAGGCAUUUUUGUCCUUAUUUAAAAAGCGAGGGAAAUCCUGGAGUACUG